CGCAUCAUUCACCCGCCUUUCGGGGGCUGUUCAUUGAUACGCAUGCGCGUUGACAGAGCGCACAGGCCGUGAAGGUUUGUCUGUGAGGUCUCCUCAGUCUGAUUGAGGCGAGUUGUCAAACUGUCUUGCCUCACAAUCAACGUCUUCCGACAUUGCAGAUUUUAUUCAUUAACUUAACUAUUCUUUUUCAAUUCAUCGAACGUAUGGCCGGGAAAGUAAAGUGGGUGACAGACAUCGAAAAAUCGGUGCUUGUGAAUAAUUUUGAGAAGAGGGGUUGGAGUCAGACUUCUACUGAUGAAGACUGGAACUUUUACUGGAUGAGUGUACAGACAAUUCGAAAUGUUUUCAGCAUUGAAAAUGGCUACCGUCUGAAUGAUGACCAAAUUGUGAACCAUUUCCCAAACCAUUAUGAGUUGACAAGGAAGGACCUUAUGGUAAAGAAUAUCAAGCGCUAUCGCCGGGAGCUGGAAAGAGAAGCAAGCCCACUUGUGGAGAAGGAUGAAAAUGGGAAAUAUGUUCAUCUAGAUUUUAUCCCUGUCACGUUCAUGCUGCCUGGGGAUUACAAUUUGUUUGUUGAGGAAUUCCGGAAGAACCCAACUAGCACAUGGAUAAUGAAGCCAUGUGGGAAGGCUCAAGGGAAGGGAAUAUUUCUCAUUAAUAAACUUUCCCAGAUUAAGAAGUGGUCGCGUGACAGCAGAACUACUACAUUUAUAUCUCCUGCUGGGAAGGAGGCAUAUGUCAUUUCAUUGUACAUAGACAACCCACUGCUGAUUGGUGGAAAAAAGUUUGAUUUACGCUUAUAUGUAUUGGUGACCUCCUAUCGACCACUAAAAUGUUAUAUGUAUCGACUAGGAUUUUGUCGUUUUUGUACAAUGAAGUACACUCCAAGCACCAGUGAAUUAGAUAACAUGUUUGUGCAUCUUACAAAUGUAUCUGUGCAGAAACAUGGGGGUGACUAUAAUCCAAUCCAUGGUGGGAAAUGGUCAGUAAGCAACCUGCGACUGUAUCUGGAAAGUACACAGGGAAAGGAUGUGACUGAUAAACUCUUUGAUGAUAUUCACUGGAUAGUUGUUCACUCACUGAAGGCUGUGGCACCUGUUAUGAUUAAUGAUCGACACUGCUUUGAAUGUUAUGGUUACGACAUCAUCAUUGAUGACAAAUUGAAGCCAUGGCUCAUUGAGGUGAAUGCAUCCCCUUCUCUUUCUUCUACCACUGCCAAUGACCGUAUUCUGAAAUACAACCUUAUCAAUGACACUUUAAACAUUGUUGUACCAAAUGGAGAGAUGCCAGACUGCAAAUGGAGCAGAUGCCCACCGAAGGAAGCACUUGGACAUUAUGAACUGUUAUAUGACGAAGAGUUAGCACAAAAUGAGGGCGUGGAAUGUGAGGGGAAGCCUCGUAUGGGGCCUUCUUUCACCAAAGGCAAUCGAUUGAAGGAUUCCAGAAAGCCGUUUUCAACAUGGAAAUAAAAUCAAUUUGAUAUUAAAUCACUGAAUAAAUGCCUAGCACUAGAAAUGUUUUUCAGAUAGACCAGUGUUCAUUUAAAGCUAUUCCAAUUACAGUAUUAAAGCUGUUUAAUUUUUUGAAGGAUAUUUCUGGACUAAAUUGACAUGUUCUUAAUACAAAUUGGUACAACUGAUAAAUCUGAACAUGCAUUAUAGUAUUGCAAACUAUUUUCACUGAAUUCAAGGGACCAUCAGUUUGAUUGACCUUACAGUUAAUACGCAAACAUUACCAAGUUAUUGCUUGGCAAGAUAAAGAUCUACUAAUUAUACCAUCCUGUAUCAUAUCCAGAUCUUUGCAUGGCAUAAAACUGUAAUUGCAUUUGUUUCUGGAGUAUGUAUUCCCACUAUGAAGAUGGUUGAUGAGAGUCCAUGUCGGUGCAGAUGUCCAAAAACAUCAGUCACCGUGACAUGACCUUUGUCACCUGUAUGCUUUUUGCACAUCCACAGUUGACGACAUGUAAUCAGUGCAUGGAAUCACCUCCCACAUGUGUGUACAAGUCAACACCUCUCUCCUCACAUCUGUGCACACUCCUCCUCUGCAGAUAUUUGAAAUAUUCAGGAAUAGUCUUGAGAUAAAGGGCAAAGGCGGAGCCCACUGCAGCCAUCCUGCCAACAUCAGCUAAAAUCAGAAAUACCCAGUCUAACCCAUUUUCUAAUUGUUUUGUUUUACGAGUAUGUCAGUAUAUUUGUUCUGCACCAUAAUACUUGUAUUCAUUGCUUGUCACUGAUGUAGAACUGCAACUCUGCAUUUCUGCCCAUGCACUUUUUUGACCUUCUGUUUUUUACAUGUCUGUGACUGCUGAAGUAAAUGUCAUGGGAGAGGGGAGGCUUCUAUGUAGCUGCAGGUUAAUACACAACACAUAACUAGUGAGGUAGCAUAUUUUUAAUUUGAAAGCGACAUGUCCACACUCUGCCAAAGAACUAUUUAAGCUGGAACUGAGCUUUGUCAUUGUAUUGUAUGCUGUUCAGUUUGUGCAGGGCAACUGGACCCAUGCGCUCUAUAGUACGUUUGUAACCACCUGAAAGUACGAGCAGGCAGUGCCUGUUGGUACGUAUCUCUGUAUGGUGUUUUUUUUUUAGUUUUUAUAGAGAUGCCCAAGAUAUACUUACAAGUACCAAAUUGUAUUUUGUGGUUUGGGCAUUUGAAUGGAGUUUUAUGCUGUUCUGAUAUCAACUGCAUUGUUCCAAGUUGUCCAAAAAUUUUGUUUACUACAGAAAUUGCACUGUUCAUUAUUUAUUGAUUUUUCA